AUGGGCAAAGAUGUCGCCACAAUCAAUGAGGAGGAAGCACAAGCAGACGUGAAGCAAACAGUUCGAACACCAAAAAUCUCCGACUAUCUGAGGGUCUUCUCUUAUGCAACGAAAUGGGACUUCUGUAUCUACACAAUCGCCUCUCUGGCAUCCAUCGGCGCUGGUAUAACUUUACCUCUAAUGAACGUUGUAUUCGGGCAACUCACUGGCCAAUUCACGGAUUACUACAAAGAAUCCUCCGCUCUAUCACGAAAUGACUUCGAUCGUGUCUUGAGUCGCCAGGCCUUAUACAUCUUCGCUCUUUUCAUUGGCCGGUGGGGACUGAACGCCAUCAACAAGUAUUGUUUCAGGAUGAUCGGCAUUCGACUAUCGUCAGCAAUACGCCUACAUUAUAUGCAAUCACUUUUCGCGCAGUCGAUUCAUGUCAUCGACUCCAUGCCUGUCGGAGCUCCUGCAACUGCCAUUACUGCAACGACAAAUACUCUGCAGCUUGGUAUUUCUGAGCGCUUGGGCACUUUGCUACAGUAUCUCGCAACCGUUGUGGCUGCUAUCAUAAUCGCUUUUGUUUGGAGCUGGGAUCUGGCUUUGGUCACGUCUUCGUUGAUCUUGUACACUAUAGUGGUCGCUGCAGUCUUGAUGCCACUAAUCCUCAAAGGUCAAACUACGACCCUCAAGGCUGAAGAAGAAGGAACAGCUGUUGCCAGCGAAGCCCUCGGACAGAUUCGUCUGGUUUUAGCAUGCGGUGGUCAGAAUCAUGCCCUCUCUCGUUACGAAACAUGGGUACAAGAAGCAUUGAAGCGAGCCCAGAAGGCAGCUCCAUUCCUCGGCAUUCAACUUGGUCUGAUAGUAUGUUUUGUAACAUUAGUGACUCUCUUCGCCAAACAUGCUAACGAUCAAGCAGNNUAUUUUGGAAUAUUUGGUGCCUUCGGCCUGGCAUUCUGGUAUGGAAGCAAGAAAUACAUCGCUGGCAGCAUUGCCAAUUCUGCUGCGGUAAUAGUCGUACUCAUGUCGGUCAUGAUGAUCAUAACUUCUCUGGGAUUCAUAUCAACGCCGGCCAUGGCUAUAAGUAAAGCCAUGGUUGCUGCUUGUGAGCUUUUAACAGUCAUCGAUGCGCCACCACCUGCUUCUGGCUCUCUCAAGCCAGACAUCGCCUCGCAGGAUUUGAUCUUCGAUAACGUCACUUUCGAAUACCCCGGUCGUCCUGGUGUCCGAGUACUCGAUGGACUGAGUUUCCGCCUCCGAUCUGGUCAGAACACGGCUUUCGUUGGUCCUUCUGGUUCGGGCAAANGUACAAUUGUCGGUCUAUUGGAACGCUGGUACUCUCUUCAGGACCAGUAUACAUUGCAACAAGUGGUCGCAGAGAAACCAUCCAAANAGGCCGAUCCUUCGGACGAAAAUCCGCUUGAUGAGCAACCCGAGUCACAAGUCAAAGCUGUGUUUUCUGGAUCUAUCACCAUUGGUGGCCACAAUCUGGAGAUGCUGGAUCUCAAAUGGUGGAGAGCGCAAGUCGGAGUGGUCCAGCAAGAGCCUUUCCUCUUCAAUGACACCAUCAUCAACAAUGUUGCGAACGGACUCAUCGGCACGCAGUGGGAGAACGAGUCAAAGGAGAAAAAACUCGAGCUUGUCCAGGAGGCAUGUCAGGAAGCGUAUGCUCAUGACUUUGUCACUCGUUUACCUGAUGGAUAUUACACCAAAGUUGGUGAUGGUGGAAUCAAAUUAUCAGGAGGCCAGAAACAGCGUAUCGCCAUUGCGAGGAGCAUAAUCAAGAAGCCACGAAUUAUCAUCUUCGAUGAAGCCACCAGCGCUGUCGAUGCCAAAAGCGAAAAGAUUAUCCAAUUGGCUCUUGACAAUAUCGCAGAGGGUCGCACAACCAUCACCAUCGCUCAUCGUCUCUCAACCAUCAAANAAGCCGAUUGCAUUGUUGUACUGCAAAAUGGACGUGCAAUUGAGCAGGGGACUCAUCAAGACCUUAUCGAGGACUCAUCAAGUGCAUACAGUGCCCUAAUACGUGCUCAGUCAUUGCAUGUCUCUACUAUGGACAAAGUAGCAUCUGGACACGAACCUCUAGCUACCCAGGCAAUCUCGGAAAAGACGACCGACACUGUCCAGGCCAUAGAAUCGAAAAUUCGCAAUUCUGACCACACAACACCGACUGUGAAGCCCCAGAACCUCUUCCACACUUUUCAGAGGCUUUUGCAUACGCAGCGAGCACACUGGUACUCUCUCGUGGGUAUCGUAAUCUCUGCUAUGGCUGUUGCAGCAGCUACACCGAUCCAAGCUUGGCUUUUUGCAAAAGUCCUUGGGGUUUUCCUCUUGAGCGCAGAUGACGCGAAGAGCAGAGCCAGCUUCUGGGCUCUCAUGUGGCUUGUUCUUGCCGUAAGCUCGGGUCUUGCAAAUCUUUGCGAGGCUUGGGUAGGCUUGCGCGUACAAUAUUCUGUCAGUGCAGUAUACAAGAUGCGAUACUUCACUGACCUGCUCUAUCAAAAGAUCAGCUUCUUUGACAAGGACAGCAAUUCGCAUGGCACAUUGAGCUCGCGCAUUGCUAGUGAUGCCAAAUCUUUAGAGGAAGUCUUUGGCCUGAACCUCGCACUCGCAUUAUCUGGAAUAUUCAAUGUGGUUGGAUCCAUAAUCAUUUCCUUGAUUUUCAGCUGGAAGCUCGGUCUAGUCGCCUUGUGCGUCACUAUGCCGAUCAUGCUGUCUUCUGGUUUCUGGAAGUAUAGACAUGAGGUACAGUUCGACAAGAUGAACUCGAAGGUCUUUGCAGAGAGUUCGCAAUUUGCUACCGAAGCAAUAGGUGCGAUGAGAACGGUCUCAGCUCUUACCAUGGAGAAUAGCAUCACUCAAAGAUAUUCAAAACUUCUGGCAGAACAUGUUCAAGCGGCUCACACUAAGGCUCUGUGGACAUCCGGCCUGUAUGGAUUUGUGGACAGUUCUGGGCUAGGCUGUCAAGCUCUGAUCUUCUGGUAUGGCGGCAGACUCUUGGCCAGUGGCGAAUUUGGGUUUGAAGCUUUCUUUGUUUGCUACAUGGCGAUGAUACAAGGUGCAGAGGCUGCAAGUCAAGUCCUCAGUGUUGCUCCCAAUACUGCACAGGCGACAGCUGCUGCAAAUCGCAUCUUCGAGAUUCAAGAGUCUGCCGAUACCAGCCGUGCUGGUCUCAGCGACGAAAAAAGCAUACCCGAAGUUCACGGUGGGGUGCGGGUCGAGUUUCGCAAUGUUUCGUUCAGAUAUCCAACUAGGGAUCAUCUUGUCUUCGAAGGCUUGGACAUCACCAUCGAGAAAGGACAGUAUGCAGCUUUCGUUGGUCCAUCUGGCUGUGGUAAAACAACCAUCAUCUCCCNNCUUCUGGAAAGGUUCUACGACGUGGAGCCAAGACAUGGUGCAAUCACCUGCAACGGCAUCAAUAUUAACAACAUGAAUGUGUACGACUACCGGCGCAACUUAUCGCUUGUAGCUCAAGAGCCAACGAUGUUCCGAGGAACAGUCCGUGACAACAUUCUCUUUGGUGUUCCUGACCCCAGCUCUGUGUCCGAUGAAAAAAUCCAUCAAGUGUGUCGCGAUGCACUCAUCCAUGACUUCAUCGUUUCUCUACCCCAAGGAUACGAUACAGACGUUGGACAGAAAGGUGUCGCCAUGUCGGGAGGUCAGAAACAGCGCAUCGCUAUUGCUCGAGGCUUGGUCCGCGAUCCCAAACUUCUUNUGCUCGAUGAAGCAACAUCAGCUCUGGAUUCUGAGUCUGAGAAAGUCGUGCAAGCAGCAUUCGAAAGAGCACGUAGCGGGAGGACGAUGAUUGCUGUUGCUCACCGGUUGUCUACCAUUCAAAGUGCGGAUGUCAUCUUCGUGUUCGAUGAGGGUAAGGUGGUGGAGAAGGGAAGACAUAGUGAUCUUGUCCAGAAGCAAGGUGUUUAUUGGGAAAUGUGUUGGAACCAAGCCCUGGAUUGA